GCUAAGGCUAAAACAACUAUCUGCACACAAGAUUACUAUACACCGAGUAAUAACAAAAAACAACAAUGUCGGGCCCCCUCAAGGACGUUCAGCCUCAGCUAAUGUCUCCUCCUCGGUCCGGCAUUGCCGGUUCCAAGACUGCAACUCCUAGCAAGGCCGGCACUCCGAAACGCAAGUCCAACAACCCUGAGGACCCUUCGCCGUCCAAGGCGUCCAGGUCUAGCCAUCUGCAUAACCUCUUCACCAGCCCGCGCAAGAGCAUGCGCGAGCACGAGCCCUUGCUAGAUGAGAACCCGGACCGCUUCUGCAUGUUUCCAAUUAAGUAUCCUAAGAUUUGGGAGAUGUACAAGAAGGCGGAGGCCAGCUUCUGGACCGCUGAGGAGGUUGACCUUGGCGACGACAUGAAGCACUGGGAGAAGUUGACAGAUGGGGAGCGGCACUUCAUUUCGCACAUCCUGGCCUUCUUCGCGGCCAGCGAUGGCAUCGUGAAUGAAAAUUUGGCGAUCCGCUUUAUGAAGGAGGUGCAGCUGCCCGAGGCGCGUGCCUUCUACGGCUUCCAGGUCGCCAUCGAGAACAUCCACUCCGAGAUGUACUCGCUGCUGUUGGAGUCGUACAUCAAGGACCCCGCCCUUAAGCACAAGCUCUUCCACUCGAUCGAGACGGUGCCGUGCAUCAAGAAGAAGGCGCAGUGGGCGCUGAAGUGGAUUGGCAGCGACAGCACCUUCCCCGAGCGCCUUGUUGCCUUCGCCGCCGUGGAGGGUAUCUUCUUCAGCGGCUCCUUCUGCUCCAUUUUCUGGCUCAAGAAGCGCGGCCUCAUGCCCGGCCUCACCUUCUCCAACGAGCUCAUCUCGCGAGACGAGGGCCUGCACACCGACUUUGCCUGCCUCCUUUACAGCAUGCUCAACCACAAGCUGGACGAGUCGCGCAUCCUGGAGAUCAUUACCGAGGCGGUCGAGAUCGAGCAGGAGUUUUGCACGGACGCCCUGCCUGUCGACCUCAUCGGCAUGAACUCGCGGCUCAUGGCGCAGUACAUUCAGUUUGUGGCGGACCGGCUCCUCGUGGCGCUGGGCUGCAGCAAGAGCUUCAACGUCGCCAACCCCUUUGACUUCAUGGACAUGAUCUCGCUGCAGGGCAAGACCAACUUCUUCGAGAAGCGCGUGGGCGACUACCAGAAGAGCGGCGUCAUGGCGGGCCUGCAGGGCAAGGUCCAGAACUUCUCCAUGGACGAGGACUUUUAAACGCCCGCAAAUCAAGGCCCGCUGUCCAUGCGAGGCAAGAAAGAGGAAGCUACAACCGCUGGCACGGCACGGCGGAGCUUCAGACUAGUAGUUGACUGACUGUUUGUUGACUGAUGGAGGACCGGACAGCAGGGGGUAGACUGCCGUAGACAUGGCACAGGACUGCUUUCCUGGUCGAUGAUGUUGACUUGACAUGCCAUUGCAUGUGACAAUCAUGUUGUUUGGGCUGCCGUUCUGAGCAGCCUGGUCGGUAAUCAAUUGCCUGCAGCUGUGUGGCCACACGCGCGUGCGUGCGGACAACCCUCCGCCGAUCCUUAGGUAGUGGCGCACGCGCAGUAUUCUUUAUACGCCAUGGCGAUAUGCGAUGAGAUGUGCGUUCGCUGGCUGGUUGCUACCCGUGGCUUGAUAAUGUUUCUGACGAGCUACGCAUUUUAUUGUGCGAUUUGCCUACCUGUGUACAUAUAGAAGUCAAGCUUACACUUGACUACACUGUUAGGGUUUGCCUGGAAGGCUGCCCUGGGUUUUCAGUUCUUGGUUAUAUUUGUCUUUCUCAAGCAAAUGAACGAGCCUUGGGAGUGAAUGCAAGGGAUCUUGCUUUGUAUGAGCGUUGCAAGUUGGAAGGAAGUCUGGCAACCACAGCAUCU